ACACGAAAUAAACGAAAGAAAUUUGACCAAAACAACAACACGAGACGAUCUUACAGGAAUGAAUUCGUCUUCUUUUUGGCUUUUUAUGCAAGAGCCUCGAUAGCUAAACUCAGGAGUAUCGUGAAUCAACUCUUUUGAAUAAAGAAAGGGUCCUUUUGUUGUGCCCAUUGCCAAGGAAAUUUUCGCGGACAAUUUCGUGUCGACAUCCAUGCCUCAUUUGUAGGUUACAAUGGUGAAGACAUUUCAAGAUUAUCUCGUGGGCUGCCAUCGACGAUAUAGCUGUAUUCAUUGUAGAGCACAUCUUGCCAACCAUGAUGAGCUGAUCUCGAAGUCAUUUCAAGGCAGUCAAGGACGAGCAUACCUAUUCAAUAAAGUUGUGAACGUUGGUUGCGGUCCGGCUGAGGAAAGAGUAUUAUUGACUGGUUUGCAUGCCGUCUCUGACAUCUACUGUGAAUGCUGUAAAACCACAUUGGGCUGGAAAUACGAACAUGCCUUUGAAAAUAGUCAGAAAUAUAAAGAAGGAAAGUUUAUAAUCGAAAUGAUUCAUAUGAUCAAGGAUAAUGGAUGGGAAUGAUCGGUUUUGUAAUGGCCGUGUUGUCUUUUUAUGCUCAAGAGCACGAGCUCUGAGUUCCAGCUGAAAGGUUUUGUACAGUUGAUAUUUAUAUAUAAAAUAUAUUAACAUUUCCAGCUAUCUUAACAAGAUAAUGUUAUCAGAAAAGUAUUGCCUUUAUGGAAAGCUUUUGUGGUUCAAGCAUACAUAAAAAAGUGAAAUUUUAUAGAAAAAUAACAAUUUUGAAGGUAAUGACAUCAUUUUGUAAAUAGCAAAGAAGAGCGAGUUACGAGAGAAAUGUAAAAUAGAUUUAUUGCCAUGAAAAUAACUUGUUAUGUUUAAGUAACAGCAAAAUACUUUAAAUUUUAUGCUAUUUAGGACAGGAGGAUUUUAUUUUAUUUGUAAAUACAAUGAUUUAUGCAGUUAAUGCGCGCGCGAAACAUUUUGUGUUUGUACACUUCGAAGAGUUUGGAGACUACUGGCUUUUAUUUAUCGCUGUCCCUUUAUAAAUGUAUUWUUUCUUGGUCAUUUGCCUUAAGCUUAAGCUUUCGAGCACGAACUGCCAUUUUGUUGAAUUUUUUAGCUGUAAAUCUCGUCACUCGUGCCUUUGUUUAUGUCAGAAAUAUCGAAAGUCGUGUUUGCAAAUAAGGUUGUUGCUGAUUGGUUGAAUUGUAUCAGAUGUUCAUUUACAUAACAAUAGGGAAAGWCAAAAAUAAAAAAAAUAUCUCUGGGGAGGUUGAGUUUGRUUGAACCUUGGAAAUUUAUAUCUCAGUUACAUGUAACGUGAUUUUUUUCCCAUUGGCGAUUUGCCAUGUUCUCAAAGUUCUUCAUAUUUUUAAACAAAGUGUGACUGAGAUUMGUGAGAUUAUUAGUCGAGAAUAAGAAAAGCUAGGACAAAAACAGUACAGAUUUAGUCUAUUCUAUUGUACAUAGGCAUUUUAUGUGAUUAUUACAAUAAUAAUUCAAUGUAGAUAGGAAAAGUAAGAAAUAAAGAAAUUGUUUUUCAAAAA